UGGGCACCGCACAUACAAAUAACCCCACAGCCAACGCCCACACGCUGCCCCAGCACCUUUCUAAAACUUCCCCCUUAAUUUUUUUUUAUUUCCCCUCCCUUUUUCUUCAGCUCUUCUCCUUUCCCCCUUUCCCUCUCUUCUUUGUGGAUACUGGUAGGAGGAAGGCCUACAGCCUACCUUCCCGUCUGUCAAACUGAAGCUUUAAAGUUGUGAUCUUUGGGGAGAAGGAAGGUUGCAAGGUCUGUUUUCUUUCUUGCACAAUUCAUAGUGUUAUGAACUUUAUCUGAUGGUGGAGCACCCCAUGCAUAGAUCUAUCAAAGAUGGAGAACAAGGCAUUUGAUUCUCCAACAGAAUGCUGCAUGCGUUUCCUGAAAUUACUGAGAGUUCAUGGAUUGGUUUAACCUGCUAAAUGUACAAAUUCAGCUUUUAGAUCAAUGGAUUCCAAAACUGUUCCCCAAACUUGCUCUGAACAACAGCUCAAAACACUUGCUAACCGGAUAAUAGAGCCAAAUUCUUGUAAGCCUUCGCCUUUGCAGAUUCCUAAGCCAAGCAAAUCAGAGCCUACCACACCCGAAAGAAUGCCAAAAUCUGUAAAUCAGAGCAUACUAAAGCAAACUGCCACAAAGGUACCAGACCAAAAACCAAAUCACCAUCGAAAGGGAUCUGUUGAUCCUUUACCAGAUAAGGUUCCUCUGAAGACUGUACUUUCUCCAGAAUCUAAAGAUAUGCAUACUUCCUCUGGUUGUCUGAAACAACCAGUACAACAAGAAGAUCCAGUGCAAUUGCCACAAUUGAAUGGGACCAUGAGCUUGGAAGGUAAAGAUCAAGAUAAGAAAAUUUCUGAGCGGAGCAUUGCAAAUGAUAGCUUUGUUUCUGCUAAAGUCAGUGAUGGUACCAGCAGUGUCACAAAGACCAGUGGAAGUGCUAAGAUCAGUGACCGAGCCGACUUUGUGGAGAGUGGAAAGAGUAGUAUGUGCAGGGCCAGUACAAGCAGUGAUGAGAGCUCAUGUAGCAGCAUGAGUAGUAGUGUCACAAAGCCUCAUAAGGCAAAUGAUUCAACAUGGGAAGCAAUUCAAAUGGUGCGAGCUAGAGAUAUUGUUCUGUGUUUGAACCAUUUCAGGCUACUAAAGAGGUUAGGCUGUGGUGAUAUUGGUAGCGUAUAUCUAUCAGAGUUAAGUGGAACAAAGACUUAUUUUGCAAUGAAGGUCAUGGACAAGGGAUCUCUGGCAAGUCGUAAGAAGCUGCUUAGGGCUCAGACUGAGAGGGAGAUAUUGCAAUGCCUUGAUCAUCCAUUUCUUCCAACAUUAUACACCCAUUUUGAGACUGAUAAAUUCUUAUGUCUGGUGAUGGAGUUCUGCCCAGGAGGAGACUUGCACACACUUCGACAGAGGCAGCCUGGGAAAUAUUUUCCAGAACAAGCUGUGAAGUUUUAUGUAGCAGAGGUCCUUCUUGCACUGGAAUAUUUGCACAUGCUUGGAAUCAUAUACCGUGAUCUCAAGCCCGAGAAUGUCCUUGUUCGGGAAGAUGGCCACAUCAUGCUCUCCGACUUUGACCUCUCCCUGCGAUGUACAGUGAGCCCCACCCUGAUCAAGUCCUCCAACCUAGAUGCUGACUCCUUCCGAAGAAACAACCCAGUUUACUGUGUCCAGCCUGCUUGCAUUGAGCCAUCCUGCAUACAGCCGUCGUGCAUGGCCCCCACGACAUGCUUUGGGCCCCGCCUUUUCUCGAAGUCCAAGGAUCGGAAACCAAAACCUGAGAUUGGAAACCAAGUCAGCCCAUUGCCUGAGCUCAUAGCAGAGCCCACCGAUGCUCGGUCCAUGUCAUUUGUUGGUACACACGAGUACUUGGCCCCAGAGAUCAUCAAAGGUGAGGGGCACGGGAGUGCUGUGGACUGGUGGACAUUUGGCAUCUUCUUGUAUGAGCUUUUGUUUGGUAAAACUCCAUUUAAAGGGUCUGGUAAUAGGGCCACGCUCUUCAAUGUUGUUGGGCAACCAUUGCGGUUCCCAGAGUCUCCGAUUGUGAGCUUCUCUGUGAGAGACUUGAUAAGGGGUUUGCUUGUCAAAGAGCCGCAGCAUAGGCUUGCAUACAAGCGUGGGGCUACCGAGAUCAAACAGCACCCAUUCUUUGAGGGUGUGAACUGGGCCUUGAUACGGUGUGCUAGCCCUCCAGAGAUCCCAAAACCAGUCGAGCUUGAACGGCCCCCACGGCCACCAGCAUCAACAAGUGAAAAGGUCGUGCCUACCACUAAUCAGAAAGGGUCUGAUAUCUAUCUAGAAUUUGAUAUCUUUUGAGUUUUUCCUGAGCUGGAGAGAUUGGCUGUACCAAGGGAAGGUGUAGAGUUUUCUCAUAUCUUGGAUGGCAGGUGAUUUGAAUUAUAGAUUGUUAGAUUUCUCUCACGCUGUUUCGGUUGUUUCCAAGUGACAAUCCAAGAUCCAAAUUUGUAUGCGUUAUUGAGUGCUGAAUAUUUUUAUUUCUCUUCAUUGAUCCUAGAAAGCUUGAAACAUUAAACAUCUCUUUUUCCAUCCUGUCAUCAAUUUCUUUGAGGUGUUCUGGGUCAUAUAGUCAUUAUAUUCCUGUUGGUUCUUAAGCUUGGUAUGGAAUAUCUAGUAUAUCCAAGGUGUAAUUUA